AUGGGGUUAUACGAGCUGAACGACGACGCCAAGAGGAAGGAGUUCCUCGAUGAUCUCUUUUCCUUCAUGCAGAAGAGAGGAACCCCCAUCAAUAGGUUACCGAUCAUGGCCAAGCAAGUUCUGGACCUAUACGAGUUGUUUAACCUGGUGAUCGCCCGAGGAGGGUUAGUGGAGGUCAUUAACAAGAAGCUAUGGCAGGAAGUGAUCAAAGGUCUCAAUCUCCCUUCCUCCAUCACCUCGGCUGCUUUCACUCUCCGAACUCAGUACAUGAAGUACCUGUACCCGUUCGAAUGCUACAAGGAGCGACUGAGCACCCCAGAGGAACUGCAGGCUGCCAUCGACGGAAACCGGCGGGAGGGUCGUCGCAGCAGCUACACGGCGUUCGGUGAAAUGACGUCACACGCCCGCAGCGGUUCCCUCUCUCAUCAACAGAUGUCACCAUUGUCCCUCGUUCGACCUUCCAUGAAUGGCAGUUCCUCCUCUCAUCCUCUCGCCCCGGGAGGCCUCCCGCCGACGACCACGUCCGCCCUCCUCGACAUGCAAGCCAGGCUGAAUCUAUGGAACAAGCUGGUGGAUCAAGUAGGUGGAGGCCGAGGGGACAUCCCUCCCACGUUCUUCCCUCCCCCACAGCACGAGGCGUUGAACUUGGCAGCCACUGGUGGGGGUGGAGCUGUUAAGCGCGAGGACGGUCAGAACCAGAACUCCCCCAGCCCUCCAUCCAAGAAGAGGCAUCUUGACGAGAAAUCUCAUGGAGACAAUCUGUCGCCCAUCACGGGCACCCACAUCAAGAUCACCAGCAGAGGUGAUGGUCGAGGCGGUGUGGACAAUUCCCUAGUCGUGAGCAUGGAGAUCAACGGCGUGAUCUACCAAGGAGUCUUGUUUGCCCAGGGCAGUUCCCGGGACCGGAUAUUAUGAAGACAAUCCCUUCCUCUUCCUUCCUUCGCUACUUCCUUUCUUCUCGUUUGAUCUCAUUCCCAGAUCCUCUUUCGAAUCUGAGCCGGGGAAGGUACAUACGUACGUAGAAUACAGGAGACGCAUAGAAACACAUAUUCAUCUAGAGACACCUGUGAUGAAGGGCUGAAGAUAGAGGACCUGUCCUGUCACAUCGUAUUACACUUCUCCCUUCUACCUCUCCAUCUCUGUCUGACUGUGAUUUUUUUACACGUUGUUUUACUAUGUAAAACAUACCUCACAGGCCACAAAGUCUCUUGUGUUUUUGGCAGCCUGGUCCCCACGAAGAUAGAGGAAGAAGUGAGCCUGAGAAACGUGUCAUCAUGUCCCAAAGUCUCUAGAUCCGAAGGACUGUGAUAGCUCUCUCGCUCUUUUUCCUUUCCCUAGAAGUUGUGUGAAUAGCCAGUACCUCAGUUUUGAGUUCUUCUCUUUGUGGUCUCAUGAGUCGAUUCCCACAGCAGCUAAGUGAGGCAAUGGGUGAUAAAUGUACGAGGCAGUCGAGCAUAGGAACCAGAAGGCGUUUGCUGAGAGUACAAACAGCGCAAUGGCCUCUUGAGAUGUACAAACACGGGA